AUGCAAGUCGAGAGUUUCAAAUCUUCGUAUUCAUUUAAGAACACUUGUGAAACUGCCCAGGCCAUGAAGGGUAUGCAUAUCCAAAAAGCCACCAAGUAUCUGAAGGAUGUCACUUUACAGAAGCAAUGUGUGCCACUCCGCCAUUACAAUGGGGGAGUUGGUAGGUGUGCCCAGGCCAAACAGUGGGGUUGGACGCAGGGUCGGUGGCCCAAAAAGAGUGCUGAAUUUUUACUGCACGUGCUCAAAAAUGCAGAGAGUAAUGCUGAACUUAAGCCCUUAUGUGUAGAUUCUCUGGUCACAGAACACAUCCAGGUGAACAAAGCCCACAAGAUGCGACGAAGGACUUAG